AUGCGCCACUUGACGGCGGCCAUCCUCGGCGCCGCCAUCGCCAUGCUCGACGCCGCCACCUGUCCGUACGAGCGCCUCCCGACGUGGAUCGAUGCCAUCUGGACGACCGGCGCCGAGUGUGGCAGCAGCAAUCGACCCUGCAAGGUCACGCGGACGUGCGCCAUUCGCACCGAUGGCACCGACCCCGAUGCGUUCGGCGACCUCUCGCGCUUGACGACCAACAAGACUGUCGUGCUUGGCGAUCUGCCAUCGCUCGACCUCUCCAAGGCCAUUUUGCCGCCGACGGCUACCACCUUGACGCUUCAAAACGUGGCCGAGUUUACGGGCCUGAACACGACAACGCUGCCACCCUCGCUCGCUGAAAUGUACUUUGUGAACACGAGCGUCGGCGACUUUCCACCGGGCCUCACGUGGCCGGCGUCGCUCCAGAGCUUGUAUGUCUUCAACACCAGGACGGUUGACGUCAAGCACUUGAAGAUGCCACCGACAUCAACACUUCUGGACUUUUGGAAUGUGACCGAGAUUGAAAAUCUCGAUGAACUCUACUUGCCCGACUCGCUCACCGUCAUGUACUUCUCCAACUGCACCGUGCAAGUCAUCCCGCCGUCGCUUGUGUGGCCAAAGUCACUCGAGAAGCUGACGUUGAUUGACAACCAUCUCCAGGACCUCCCGCACAAUUUACCGGAUGGCGUCACCUUCUUGUCGAUCCACAAAAACUACGUCGAUAACCUUGGCAUUUCGCUGCCGAAGAACCUCUCCGUGCUGAAAUUCCGAGACAACCGCAUCAAGGAAGUCGUCAACUGGGAUUUCACCAACCUCUACUACUUGUACGCCGGUCGCAUUUGGCACGAGAUCUCUCUCACUCUCACCCGUAGUCGCAUGAAGAGAAACCCCGUCACGCGCAUCGACAAUGUGACCUUCUCGUCCAAGCUGCAUUACUUCGACUGCGAGGGCUGCCCGCUGACCGUGUUCAACGUGGACAGGACGUCCUUUGCCGCCCUCGACGCGCUCGACCCGUGGGACCGCAACGAAUCGCGAGCGACCAUCGAGUUUCGCGGCUUCAACAUCAUCGACAACAUCAACUCGGACAAGGCCGCUUGCGACAAGCUCCACGGUGACAUCCGACAACUCUGGGCUGGCAAGUCCAACGUCACAGUCCACGUGUGCGUGAUCGGGUCGCCCGUCAACUAUACGUUGGUCAUUGUGGGCAUAUCGAUUGGCGCCGUUGUGCUCAUCGCGGCUCUCACAACGUACUGUUGCAUUAAGCGCCGGAACCUCCAGAAGCAGCUCGAGACGUACGUGGCCGCGUCGCCCUUUGGAAGCGGCAACCAGUUCACGAACGGAUCGACGCUGGACAUUAACGGCAACUCGACGCUCGGCGGCCUUGUCCACGACCUCGGGGACCUCGAGUUCUUGCGCGUCUCGGGCGUCGAGCUGCACAAGAAGCUCGCAGAAGGCGCGUACGGCGAAGUCUGGAAGGGCAGCUACAACGGCGCGAUCGUCGCGGUCAAGCGACUCCUGCCCAACAAGUCGUCGCCCAAGGACAUUCUCAACUUUAUCAACGAGUGCAAGCUCAUGGCGCGGUUCGAGUCGCCGUAUGUGGUCAAGCUCUACGGUGUGAGCUGGACGCGGCCCGUGGAUUUUAUGGCCGUCAUGGAGUUCAUGGACCGUGGGGACCUCAAGUCGUACUUGGCCCACCACUCGCCAAUGACAGUCUCGUGGGAGUUCAAGCACAAAAUCAUGAGCCACAUCCUUGAAGGCCUUGUGUACUUGCACUCGAUGCAGAUUAUCCACCGCGACCUCAAGUCCCGCAACGUCCUCCUCGACUCGAGCGACGGCGAGACGGUCAAGCUCACCGACUUUGGCGUCUCAAAAGAGGAUUUGCAAGAAACCAUGACGGUUGGCGUCGGCACGUACCGCUGGAUGGCGCCCGAGAUCCUCAAGGAAGGCCACUACAGCGUCGCCGCCGACAUUUACUCGUUCGGGAUCCUCCUCUCGGAGCUCGAUACGCACAAAAUCCCGUACGCGGAGAGCCGCCACCCGAUCACGCACAAGCCGCUCGUCGACACGGCGAUUAUGAGCAUGGUCAUCAACGGAACGCUCUCGCCGUCCUUCUCGACCGACUGCCCGCAGUGGGUCCAUGCGAUCGCGCUGCGCUGCUUGGAGCACGACCCGCAACUGCGCCCGUCGGCCCGCCAACUCGUGCUCGAGCUCCGGCGCCAAUCGCCCCACGCUAACUGA